AUGGAACAAGUAGUCACAGAGGACAUGAACUCAACCUUAUCCAAACAUUUUACAGCUGAAGAGAUUAAAGCCUCCAUUUUCAGUAUGAACCCAUUAGGCUCUCCUGGGUCUGAUGGUUUCCCAGCAAAGUUUUUCACAGAACACUGGGAUACAGUAGGCAGUAGAGUCUAUGAGGCAGCUUUGGAAGCACUAAAUGGAUGCAGACUCAAAGCUGUCUUGACUGAGAUCAUAUCCCCUACACAAACAGCUUUUGUACUAGGGAGGCUUAUAACUGAUAACAUCAUUGUGGCUUUUGAAUCCCUGCACACCAUGAAAGCCAGGCUGAAGGGAAAUGAUGGUUUUAUGGCUUUAAAACUCGACAUGAGCAAAGCUUACGAUAGGAUUGAACCUCAAAGUUCAACCAGGUUUCUGCCAGUAGACACUAAAGUGGCUUUGCUCAUCGACCACUCUACAAACCAAUGGAAUCUUCCUAUGCUAGAAGCAAUUUUUAAAUGUACAGAAGCUGGAAUCAUCAAGAGUAUACCCCUCAGUCCAUUCCAGAAACCAGACAAGUUGAUAUGGCGAUGCACUCCCACUGGCACUUUCUUAGUCAAGAAUGCCUACUACCUAAAGGAGGAGAUGGAUAAAAGAGAGGUAGGCCAAGCCUCUGAGCUCGAGAAGAGAAAGGUCACUAAAGAUGCUUCCCGCCCCAUCUGUCACUUAUGUCCAGAAUCCAUUGAGCAUGCAUUGUGGGAAUGCUCAUCAGCCCAGGAUGUUUGGGGUCAAAGCAGUAGAAAGCUUCAGAAAACAAAACUGCAAUCACAGACUUUCAAACAACUUUUAGAAAGUUUGUUUGAGCUCCUAGAAGAUGAGGUGAUGAUUGAGUUUGCAAUAAUAGCUUGGAUGAUUUGGAAAAGAAGGAAUGAUCUGAUUUUUAACAACACUUUCACGCAUCUAAAUUCUCUCACUCAACAAGCCAAGGUUUUCAUUAAGGAGCUCAGUCAGCUACAACAUGCCACCAAGUUUCCAACACCUGACCUGGGGAGGUCAUCCCAAUGGGAAGCUCCUCCACGUGGCAAGCUAAAGCUAAACUGGGAUGUUGCCCUUGAAAAAAACAAUUGCAAGGUGGGGGUUGGUGCAGUUAUCAGAGAUUGGGAGGGAACAGUUAAGGCCACCAUGAGGAAGAAACAUGAUCUUUACCCUGACCCGCUAUUGGCAGAAGCCUAUGCUCUCCUGCAAGCAACCAUUUUCUGCAAAUCACUAGGCUGGAAGGAAAUCAUCUUGGAAGGGGACUCUCUACAAGUUGUCAACUUCCUCAAGACUGGUGAAGUUAAUGACUCGUAUGUGGGCACAAUGAUUAGGGACACUAAGUCGAUUUUGAACUCAUUCACAUCUUGGACUGUGAGACAUAUUCUUAGAGCUGGUAAUGUUGUAGCUCAUGUCUUAAGUCGAGAUGCUCUUAGUAGUAGAGAUAGUAUCUGGUCUGUUGGUACUAUCCUAACUUGUAUCCAAACUCUUCUUUAA